CUCCGCCUCCACUUCUCCCAUUCACCAAACCAAAUCAUCACUCUCUGUAUUUGAUCUCUUACAAUGGCGACUAUUAAUUUGUCAAUCAAACCCUCACUCUCAUGGAAAUCUCACCUCUCUUCCACCUCCCCUUUCACCGCCUCAUCACCCCGCCACGUCAUCCACCAUCGUCAGACGUACCCACGCUUCAUCAUCUUCGCCACGUCAUCAAAACCAACAGUCCUAGUAGCCGAAAAACUGGGAGAAGCCGGACUCACUCUCCUAAAACAAUUCGCUGACGUGGACUGUUCAUACAACCUGACACCACAAGAACUGAACACUAAGAUCUCGUUAUGCGAUGCGUUGAUUGUGAGGAGUGGAACGAAGGUGAAUAGAGAGGUGUUUGAGUCGUCAGGUGGAAGGUUAAAAGUAGUUGGAAGAGCUGGUGUUGGUAUUGAUAAUGUUGAUCUUGCUGCUGCUACUGAACAUGGAUGUCUUGUUGUUAAUGCACCUACGGCUAAUACUGUUGCUGCUGCUGAACAUGGAAUCGCUUUGCUUACUGCUAUGUCCAGGAAUAUUGCUCAAGCUGAUGCUUCCGUUAAAGCUGGGAAGUGGCUGAGAAACAAAUAUGUUGGUGUCUCCUUAGUUGGCAAAACACUUGCAGUGAUGGGUUUUGGAAAGGUUGGAUCAGAAGUUGCCAGGCGAGCUAAGGGGCUUGGCAUGCAUGUUAUUGCUCAUGAUCCAUAUGCCCCUGCUGAUCGUGCACGUGCCAUUGGGGUGGAGCUUGUUAGCUUUGAUGAAGCCAUUGCUUCUGCAGAUUUUAUCUCACUUCACAUGCCCCUUACUCCUGCAACUAACAAGAUCCUAAAUGAUGAAACUUUUGCAAAGAUGAAAAAGGGAGUACGAAUUGUAAACGUUGCUCGUGGAGGAGUGAUUGAUGAAGAUGCUUUGGUCAGAGCACUUGAUGCAGGAAUUGUAGCACAGGCCGCACUUGACGUUUUCACUGUGGAGCCACCAAAGGAUAGUAAGUUGGUUCUACAUGAGAAUGUAACUGCAACUCCUCAUCUUGGUGCUAGUACUAUGGAAGCUCAGGAAGGUGUGGCCAUUGAGAUAGCAGAAGCUGUUGUUGGAGCUUUGAAUGGAGAGCUUGCAGCUACUGCUGUCAAUGCUCCAAUGGUGCCUGCUGAGGUACUUUCCGAGCUGAAGCCUUUUGUUGCACUGGCUGAAAAACUUGGUAGACUUGCUGUUCAACUGGUGGCAGGUGGAAGUGGUGUGAAAUCAGUCAAAGUAACUUAUGGUUCAGCUAGAGCACCUGAUGAUCUUGACACAAGAUUGCUUCGGGCCAUGAUAACUAAGGGAUUGAUUGAGCCUAUUUCCAGUUCUUUUGUGAACUUGGUAAACGCAGAUUUCACUGCUAAACAGAGGGGACUAAGAAUAGCUGAAGAAAGAUUUCUUCUAAAUGGUUCGCCAGAAAGUCCACUCGAGUUCAUUCAGGUUCAGAUUUCCAGGGUGGAUUCCAAGUUUGCCAGUGCUCUUUCUGACUCUGGAGAGAUUAGAGUGGAGGGCAGGGUUAAAGAUGGAAUCCCUCAUUUGACAAAAGUUGGUUCUUUCGAAGUGGAUGUGAGCUUGGAAGGCAGCCUCAUUCUCUGCAGACAGGUCGAUCAGCCAGGAAUGAUCGGAAAGGUGGGUAGCAUCUUGUCAGAGGAGAAUGUGAAUGUAAGCUUCAUGAGUGUUGGAAGGAUUGCUCCAAGGAAGCACGCUGUUAUGGCUAUUGGGGUGGACGAGCAACCAACCAAGGAGGCAUUGAAGAGGAUUGGGGAAAUUCCUGCUGUUGAGGAGUUUGUUUACCUUAAGAUAUAAGCACUGUGAGAUUUUCUGUCUGAUUUCUCUAUGAAUCCAAUUUUGGUAUUGUUGUUUGUCUACAAGUAGUUUAAUGUAGGAUACAAAAUAAUUUGGAUACGAAAUUAGAAGUUUACUACAUUUGAGUUGUCAAUUGAUUUGACAAUCUUUUUUCGGCUUUACAGGGGUUGAGCAUUGGAUUUUUCUUCUGUCAAAA